AUGAAGAAACGAGAAGGCAUAAACCGCCAUCCGGUCGAAAUAUCACCUGUAGUAAUAUCCCUCUCCAAUAAAGUGCAACCUCAACGCCCGCAUACAUCUGUAACGUUACGAAGUCACUUAUUUAUGAAAAAUUUUGCUCCUAGCACUAAAAAAGUCCUUCAUAAUCAUGAAAAGAGUGAAUUGGUGCAGAAAUUAAAUCGAAAUCUGAGUGAUAAUGACGAUGCGAUUAAAAAGUUUGAAACGAUCUGGACUCCACGACCGAAUUCAAGAAUCAAAAGUCCUAGGAGAUUAGGCAAGCUCAGCCAAGAUAGGAACAACACUAACAAUCAAUCAGAUGCUGUAAUACCGGAAAAGCUACCACUUCAUCACUCUCAUUCCAUUUCGUUAAAUUCGCUAAUUAUUAAAAUUCCACGUCCUAAAACUAGUCCUUCAUUAUCGUCAACCAAUUCUUGCCUGCCUACCGUACAAACUUCACCAUCGAACCUAAAAAAUCAAGCACCUCGUCAACGCCCUCAAACUGUUGAUGGAGUUUCUGCUACAAGAAUGAAAAGCAUAAGAGCGCAAAGAUUAAAGUUUCUGUAUGAUGAGCCAUUGCGUAGGCAUUCAGUGAAAGCUGUUAAAGAAGUUGAAGAUAAUAUUCUCUUGGAACAUACCAUUAAGCCACCUAUUGUACCUGGGGAGCCUUUACCACCAAAACAUGGCAUGGACCAUCAUCGGCCUUGGAUUACUUAUCUACAUAGCAGCGAUUAUAACAAAUCAGCAGAUGUUAACCAAGUGCUAUAUGACGAGCUUAGCAGCCGAGAUUCGACGCCUCUUUUAGGCCAUUACGUUGAUAAGUUCUACAAAGUCGAAGAAGGACAGCAAAUUCUACUCGGCUAUCUCGAUCAAGGCGAUGGCUAUCAUAUUUGUGUUAAUGGCCAUCAAUCGAAAUUACACCAAUCUAAAGAAAACAUGUUAAAUGGAAAUAAUGCUAAAAAUAAGCAAGCAUGGCAACCAUUAUCACUAGAAGAAUUAGUUUCGCAUUCUCCUCCCUCUCAUAUUAAGGAAGCUAAAAUAGAAGAAAAAUGCAAGCAACAAGUCGAACAGGAAAAACAAGAUGAAAUUUUACCGGAUGACAAUCUGCAUAAUGAGACAAAAAUUAAUAGGACCACCAGUCCAAGUAAUCGUCUUUCUUCAUCAUCAAUUAAGACAGCUAAAUUAUCAAACGAAAAUAUUACAAGACAACAUCAUUUACAUAAUGCAUCUCGAGAAAAUGGGGGUAAUAAAUCACCUUCUGUGACUCCAAAAGAAAUAGAAUCGAAAAUCUUUAGCAUUAAUUAUUCUUCUAGACCAAAAAGGCAUUCAGCAUCACAGCGGUUGGAUAAUCAUACCCUUGAAAUUAAUAAUAGCAUCGCUACCGUUAAGGAUAAUAGCAUUGUUGUAAGCUCAAUUAUGAAGAGCCCGCGUAAUCGAAAUCGACCGAGAUCGAAUUAUAGUGUUCAAUUUCGGUUGCCAACCAAUGGUGAAACAUCAAGCAAUUAA